UAUAUAGUGUUUGGUUUGGAUUGCAAUCACUCAGUGAUUACUCAUCCGUUUGUUUAGUAUUUUUAGUCAAACUGUUUGUCAAUCAAACCAUUUAUUUAUAUGAAAACCACUUAAUUGUGGCUAAAAUUAUAUUUUAACCACCAAUUGAUUGAUUACUUUUUAAAAUCAUUUAUAGUUUAAAUUCAUCGUUGAUUUUAUAAAUUAGUGAAGAUGUCGGGUCUAUUCAAGUUAUUUGGCGGCGGAAAAAACUCCAAAUCGGCGGCGCCGUCGCCCGCGGAGGCCAUACAAAGACUUCGAGAAGUAGAAGAAAUGCUUCAUAAGAAACAAGAAUAUCUCGAAAAGAAACAAAAUGAAGAAUUAGAUGUAAUCAAGAAGAAUGGCACUAAAAAUAAAAGGGUUAGUCUUCAGGCACUCAAACGCAAGAAGAGAAUCGACAAACAAUUGGAACAAAUAGAUGGAACCUUAACAACCAUUGAAUAUCAACGCGAAGCUCUCGAAAACGCCAACACUAAUACCGAAGUACUUAAGAUUAUGGGAGUGGCGGCCAAAGCACUCAAACAAACUCAUAAUAAUAUGGAUAUCGAUAAGGUCGAAGACCUUAUGGAUGAAGUGAAAGAGCAACAACAGAUUGCUGAAGAGAUAAGUAAUGUUAUCUCUAAUCCAAUUGGUUUUGGACAAGACGUAGAUGAAGAUGACUUAAUGAAGGAACUGGAAGAGAUGGAACAGGAAGAGCUCGACAAACAACUAUUGGACACAACGCCUGAAGUCUUGCCAGAAGUGCCCGCAGCAGAAGUUCCAGUGGCGGCGCCGCGCGCGUCUUCAAAGAGAAAGGAAGAAGACGACGAAUUAGCAGAGUUGGCUCAAUGGGCUAAUUAGACAGAGAGAGAGAGAGAGAGCACAUGAUUAUUGUAAUAUAUAUUUACGGUAAUUAUAUAUUUCUAAUUACCGUAUAAUUUAAAGCAAAAUAGUCUAAUGAAAUGUAUUAUCAAAUGCUAUUAUUUUAUUAAAUUAAAAAUAACUU